UCCGCCCCGUCGCCGCGUGCUGCCUGCGCCGCUCCGCCGCCGCGGGACGCCGGCCUUUCGCGACAUCGAGGCUUGUUUGACCAUAUGUCACACAAUGAAAGUUCAAAAGUAAAGGAGAGGAAACUACAAGGGACUUCUUCUGUCAGUCGAGGAAACUUUGGAAAACCAUGUUUGAGUGCAAAUAGUUAUAGUUCACCAUUUUUUAAUCCCCGGAAUGGUUUUCACACGAUACAUUCAGAGCAUAGCCCUGUGAAGCCAAGAAUUGUUACUGUGGUAAAACCCAGUGGACACACACUCAGAAAGAUUACCUUGCUUCUGAACAGAAGAUCGGUCCAGACUUUUGAACAGCUGAUGGCUGACAUUUCAGAAGCUCUGGGAUUUCCACGCUGGAAGAAUGACCGUGUGAGAAAGCUUUACAAUCUGAGAGGCAGAGAAAUCCGAAGCGUUUCUGACUUCUUCAGGGAAGGUGACGCCUUCAUAGCUAUGGGGAGAGAGCAGCUCACUUUGAAGAAUCUGGAACUGGUAAUACAAGAACUUUAUCCGGAUAAUCCUUAUGCUGUCAGUGCAAUUCAGCAGAAUGAGGAGCAGUCCCAAAAACUGAAGAGCAGGCUGUAUGACAAGGCUUCAAAAAUGGACAGUGGCUUUGAUGAGACAGAAGUUGCCAAGAACUGCAGUGAUGUCAUGUCUUCCAAACUGAUAGCCAGACGUGAAGGAAAAAGUCAAGCCAAGACAAGGCAAGAGGAAAAGACGAGAACCAAAAAAAAGUGGUCUAGAGAAAGUUGGGAUGGUGAGCAAGGGGUGAAGCCUUCUAGAAAAGCCCGAGAAGGUGAGAGGCACUGUAGCCAAGAGAAAAGUCCUGACAAACGAAUAGAAGAGAGUUCAGAGGAAAUAAUGAGAUGUGAGAAGUGUGAACGAGAAAGGCAGGCCAGACAAAAGUUACAAAGGGAAAGGCAGGCUGAGACCUCAUUUGAGAGCAGAGACCAUGCAGGCACAUGUCAGAAGUACCACAUAGAAAGAAAUGUAAAAGUCAAGAAUUGCCGAAAAUCUUCAGAAAUUCCGCUGGAAGCUGAGGAAGUUGGACUGAAGGAUGGUGGCUGUAGGAGGAUGUGGAAGCACUUACAUAGAAACAUUAAUGAAGAGCUGGAAAAGCAAAAACGGAGCAUUGAGAAGGAAAGAGGUCUAGAGAGGCAUGAAAACCAUGAGAAAGAAGUGGUAAAAAUCAAGAAGAAUGCUGUAGAAGCAUGGCAGGUAACUCACGAAGUGAAGGAAGAGAAUGGAAGUAGCUGCAUAACUAACCAAAGUGGUUGGCUAAUGAAAGAUACUCCAAGAGGUGUAGAGAAGCCAUCAAAAACACGCAAGGAGGGCAGAGAGGGGCAAAGGACUAAAGAAGAGAGUGCCAGAAGAGAGGGGGAUAUCCUACACAGAGAGAAUGAUGUGAGACGACCAGAAAAAGCAGGAGAGCGCAGAACGAAUAAAGAGGAAAACAAGGCUCAGGGAUUGGAAAACACAAGCCGGAGGCAUGCUAUUAAAAGUAGAACUGAUGUGGAAAACCACUAUGAGAUUGGCAGGACCAUUGGGGAUGGGAAUUUUGCAGUGGUGAAGGAAUGUCGCCACUGCAUCUCCCAUGAGAUCUAUGCCAUGAAAAUUGUUGAUAAAUCCAAGCUGAAGGGGAAAGAGGACAUGAUGGAAAGUGAGAUUCUGAUCAUCAGGAGUCUUUCUCAUCCCAAUAUAGUAAGCUUAAUUGAAGUGUAUGAAACAGAGGCUGAGAUUUAUCUAAUCCUGGAGUAUGUCCCAGGUGGGGACUUAUUUGAUGCAAUCAUAGAAAGUGUGAAGUUCACAGAACAUGAUGCUGCUGUCAUGAUCACUGACCUGUGCGAGGCAUUGGUUUAUAUUCACAGAAAAAACAUUGUUCACAGAGACCUCAAACCAGAGAAUCUUUUGGUUCAGCAUAAUGCAGAUAAAUCUACUACGCUGAAACUAGCAGAUUUUGGCCUUGCAAAGCAGGUUACAAAACCCAUAUUUACUGUGUGUGGGACACCAACAUAUGUUGCCCCUGAAAUACUUGCUGAGAAGGGUUAUGGGCUCGAAGUUGAUAUGUGGGCAGCCGGUGUGAUCCUUUACAUUCUCCUCUGCGGUUUUCCCCCUUUUCGCAGUCAGGAACGUGAUCAAGAAGAGCUGUUUCAGAUCAUACAGCUGGGUCAUUAUGAGUUCCUUUCACCGUACUGGGACAAUAUUUCUGCAGCAGCAAAAGACCUCAUAACCAGGCUGUUGAUAGUGGAUCCCCAAAAGCGCUACACAGCACGACAAGUACUUCAGCAUCCUUGGAUCAGAACAGCUGGAAAAACUAACAACAGAAAUUUGCAGAGGGAAGUGACAAAAAAUAUUGAGCGUCAUUUUCGGACCCAGCGCCGCAAGGAAGCUGCAGAUGGGGGCACCUGAAAUCUCUUCAAGCUAUAAUCUAGUCAUCUUUUUUUUGAUUAAUUAAUGACUUUUGUUUUCUUUUCUAAAUGGAUUGGGUCUUUAGUAUACAGUUAUUGCUGGCCAUUGCAAGGCCUUUUUUUGAUUUUGAGACUCUGGAGAAGGACAGGAAUCAAAUUCUAAUCUACCUUCCUCUGAUGUUAAUUGGGAGUCUUGCUGUUGACAUCAGUGGGGAUGGAUAUUUUCUGGAGGGUAUCCUUUAUUUUUUGUUAAAUACUGAUUAGGGCUUUUACAUUACAAAAUAUAUAUCAUUUUAGGUAGCAAAUGUUUGCUUCCAUAGCCAACAUUAGUGAUGACAGUGAGGUGCUUUCUCUAUCUCUUUUUCUAUAAUACCUUCUAGGAGUUUUGUUUAUAGUGUUGUCAAAAUGGUUGUCUCCAUACACAUCCUGAACUAAUCCUCUAAACUAUUUUUCACCAAUUCUUAUGAGCAAUGGAGAAGGUGAGGGAAUAAAACAGUAAAUAAAUAUAUCCUUUAGCUGUAGGAUAUGUUAAGUAAAAAGCAAGAUGCUAUUUAUUAAGCUGUGAGAGAAGAAAAAUCCUUAUAGAUGAAAUCAGGUAUUUUUUAUUAUCUCCUGUGGCAGCAUCUUUCAUUAGAUGGUCUCAGAGACAGAGCAAUAGACUACUGUGUGUCUGUUAAAAUAUGGUAGUUUCUGUGUAGUAUGGUAGUUUUGUGUGUCUAUGAGAAGAGAUGGAAAGAUGUCAUGGCUGAUAAAUUUUCAGGACUGUAAUAAUACCUUGCAAAGUGCUUUCCUUCCUACUCUGGAAAAUAGAAAGCUAGGCAAUUUCUAAGAGAAGUUUGCUUCUUUUUAUGAAGGUACAUGUAUGGAAUUAUUAUCCACACUUUUUUUUUAUACUUAGUUUCUUCUUGGGAGCCAUCCAUAUGCAUCUGUGACUCUUCCAUGCUGAUGAAGAGGAGAAAACUAGGAAGCUGCUUUUAUGACUUUCUCGUGUUUGCUCUUACCUUUAUGCUUCUCCUUCCAUCAACACGCUUGGCAGCUGAAUUGCUUUUAUACACAUUGUUGGUGUAGUUUACCAACUUCUCUUUUUCUGUUGCCUCCCCUGGGAACUUUUUCUCAUUGUUUACGUGAGAAUGGGCAAUGGGAUGAAACUACAUUAGAGUUAAACUCAGAAAAAACAACUUCUUGUUAUUCUAUGGAAAGGUCUCCUGGGGGAAGUGUCAGAUACUUCAUUGUUUAUGUUAUUUGUAAUUGGAUUGGAUGGAGUUUUAAAGAAAUCUUUGGGGAAAAAUCCAGUCCUGAGAAUGGUCAUGACCUAGAACAGCUUUUGUAUCUCUGAAUUUUUGGUUAACUAAUCAAAGCCAAAAAGCAGAUUUGUUGUCUGUUUUACAAUGCUUUGUCCAUGAGUUUCAUAUGUUAGCAAAUAAUAUUAACAUUAAAAAUAUCAGUAGUAUUACUGUUGAAUUCAUAGCUCAUAGAAAUGAAUGAGGGUAUUUUACAGUUGCAGAGCUGCUGCUCUGCAUAUGUAUUUCAUAGGGAGGUCAGAAGCAUUUCAGAAUCAGAAGUACAUUUUCGUAACUGUAUGAACCAGAAUAUUAUUUUUGCUGAAUAGUAAAAUUGUGUAACCUUUCUGAAUUACCAAAAAGUGUGAGUACUGCCAUCAUGUUUCCAUAUCAAUUUGUGAUUAUUUUGCGGCAAGAAUGAUGCAUCAAAGUAGAGACAACUUAGCUCAAAAUGGGGAAUUGCACUUUCAAUUAACUGAUGGAUUUUUAAUACAUAUUGGAUUAAGACUUGCUGUGGAAUCCAACUAUUUAUAAAACAAACUGUCAAAUCUUUACUGUAUGCCCAAGCAGUAUUUAUUUGAUAUAUCAUACCUCUGCUUAGAGGCCUUGGGUCAGGAAAACUUCUCCUUUUCCUGCAAACAAGAAUGGAUUUAAGUGCUUUCCUGAGUUAAGGUCAUGGGUAACCUCAUAUUCUAAAUGCAUUAUGUGGCUGUUGUGUAUUACUAAUAACUUCUCUCCUAAUUUAAGUCUACCUUGGAUAGGAAACUGGAAAAAUAGGUUCUGAAUUGCAAAAUUAUUUAUUGUAAUUCUCUUAAAAUUUUUAAUACAGUAAUUUAGGAAUGAAGUUUGAAGUGACAAAACCAUACUUUAUCAGGAAUGAAUUUUCCAGUUUGGAGAUUCUGGGUUCAGGGUUGCCUUCUCACCUUCAAGAGCUUGCCUACAGUCUUUUUCAUGGUACAGAAGAUAGAGAAUUUGCUUGUAAUAAAUGUAAAAAUAAUUAUUUUUUCAAAAAUCUUGUUCUUCUCUCAAGUUCUCUAGGUCCCAGAGUGACUACAGACAGCCUGUGCUGUGUGCUGUCACCAUACAGCUUCUCUGAGUACAGACACUGCCAAGGCAGUGCUGAGGAACAGGACUGUUGGUGCUGCUGAUGAACAUGCAGCACUAGACCUUCCUUCUUCAGGCUGGGGGCUCAGAAAGCUUCCAGGUACUUCUCCUCAGUGCUUUUACCUCCUCCUUCGUCUCUCUUAUUUAGCUAUUCCUUCUUUUCUUCCACAGCUUUCAGCGUUCUUGCUCUGCUUCUGUGCUGCACUGAGUCCGGAUUCCCAAACGGCCUGGUUUUAGUUGCUUGAAGCAAUGGACACAUAUGCAUAGGACCUUGGUGAGCUCAGCAUCAAGGCUCCAGGCCUGAAGGAUUGCUUGCUGAUGUUGAAAACUAAUAGAUCUAAGAGGGCUCAGCCAAAGAACCUGUGAAAAUCCCUUAUUGAUCUCAGAGAUCUGCAAUGUCCCCUCACCUACUACUGCCUCUUCUCAAGCUUUUCUCUUCCUACUGCAAGACCUUCAAACUCAGUCCUGAUUUUUAAGAUAUACAAGACACACAGUUCUAAUACAUGAACCAAAUUCAGAAUCUACGGGUGAGAGCAUUGCUGUUCUUCCUUCCUGAGAUUCUUGUAGUGAUCACUGUCUCUUUGGGCUUUGGAGUCAUCUUUCCCUUAUUUUUGCACUUGCAGAUCAGUUCCUUUAUCUGAGGAAGCUCAAAGCUGGGAAAGCUCAAAGACAGGGAAAAUCUAUGUGUCACAGAGAACAAGUUCUUGUUGAUUCAUUAGGAAGAUGAAAAAUUUCUCCUCCUUGCCUCUCUUAAACCUUUGUGAUUUAGAUUCUCCUACAGCCUUAUUCUUCAUUGGAAUUAGAACUAGUUAUACUGUCUCUAGCUCUUUAGAUAUUAAAAGAAAGGAAGGACACACCACAAAAAAGAAAGUAAAAACAAUAAGUGCAAAGUAGGACUUCCUAUUGCAGAGCUCAAUAGAAAAGAUCCAAUUGAAGAGUUUGCUAAAUCUAAGGCAACAGAAGGGAAGAACCUAUUUUUCCUGCAAGUUUUCACAAGUCAGCUGAGUAGGAAUUCUCUCAUUACUAUAAAAGGUGUUGUUUGAUUCCUCUCCCACAACCAGAGACCCUGACCAAGUUUUAGUUAUUCCAGAUUUACUUCAUUACCUACUAUUAGCUAUUGACUAUUCCAAAAUUUUUCUCUCUCUGGAAACCAGAGACCCUGACUAUUUCAGUCAUCUUUAACUACAGACUCAGUUUGUUUUUUAAUGCAAUAGGGCAUAUAUACCAAACCAGGCACUGUGUAUUGAUGGUCAGAUAAUAUAUGCUAGAGUUCACCUUUUCAAGGACCUGAAGUCCCUGGCUGAGGACUCCACUUCUCCUGAUACACAUCUGGUUCCCACAUGUAAAACCGUGCAUUAUUCUAUUGGCUAUCAGCUCAGUAGUGUGUGCUAUCAUAUACCUUCCAAUGGUAUAUGAUGGUAUAUACCAAACCAAUUGGUUGCACUUUUAAAACACAUUCUCUCAUUUUUUUGCCCUAAGACUUCUCAGACUUUGCAGGCACCAAGAUCCAUGCGUGUAGGUCUAGAAGUGGAUCAUCCAUUUUUCAUUUCCUCGUGACACAUAUGCCUGAUAGUCAGCAGUCAAGACAUUCCUGUUUUGUUUGUACUGGGCCAUCAGUUAAAAAUACAGUUAAGGCUUUCAUCUACAGUGGUCACAAAAAUGGUCUCUGCAGGAUAGCUGCAAUCAAUAUAGGGGUCUGCUACUCCCAAAGAUUAUGCAGAGAGUCCUAGGGAGCUCUGCUAACCUCUUUGAAAACCAGUUACUAGCUUUGUGUGUCUUAAACUUGUCCUGACUGUGCCCUUCACUGACAAACUAAGUGGUAACUCUCUCCAGUGGCAUAAUUCCCACUGUUUGAAGAUAAAGUGCUCUCCAGAUGUAGUGUUCUGUGUCCACCAAGGUCAACUUCCUUUUUCACCUUCACAUAUGUCAUUACAUUUCCUUGAUCCUGGACCUCUCCCACCUAUUUUCUAUUACCUAUCAUCUGCCUUAUGUCUUCUACCCUCAGAUAGCUUCCAUUACUGGAAGACAGUGAAAUUUCCAGAUGUUAAUUAAUUUUUCUUGAGGGCACACUGGCUGUUACAAAAGUAUUAGAAAUAGGGAAUUGGCCUCUGCAGGAAAUAAGCUGGAUUUUAAAAAAUAUUUAGUUAUCUGAAAAUGUGCAGAGGAUAUUAGCAUUUCAUACUGCCUAGUGCUUAACUGCUGUAAAAUUAACAAUGGGAAUUUGGUCCCUGCCUGUAUGAUUAGUCAACUAAUACUUAAAAAUCUGUGCCCAAAUGACUUGUGAUUGAAACUUGGCAAUAAACCAGAGACUCGUCUAGUUCCUCAGAGACCUAGACACUCUAGCUUUUCAUAUUGAAGGGACCCCACUUCUUCAUCUAAGAUUAGUUAGCCACUCUGUGGAACAACUGAACUCAGAAAUCUUUAAAUCCAACAUCUCAGGAUGCUGUUCUAAUUGGCAUUAAUAUGUACUUCUCCCCAAUCUCUAGUAUUGCAGUCUUUGGCAGUAGGGUAAAAAAGGGACAACGGAAUGUUACUUUCUGAGCUUGGGUCUUUUGAGUUAUGGUCCUACUGUGAAAGUGAAAUUUCUGGAGUUACCUGCUUGCUUUUUUGGGGCUGUAUUCAGUCUGCUGGGAACAUGGCAAGUUUGUUGUGUUUACAAACUGAUCUUCCCAAAGGAAAAUAAGUACCUGUUAGUCUGAAGUCUUCCUUCUCUCAUUUCCUCUCUAUCCUAGAUUUCUUUCAAUUUAAGGAAUUGUAUGGAAAAUGCUUUUCUGUUAUUUUUCUGGGAAUGCAUUCUGUCCUCUGUGAGUCCACCAGUACAAUUCUUUAUGGUUGGCAUGCUUGCUCCUGGAAGGAAUAUGGGCCUUUUAACUGGGCUGACAGUGUAUAUUGACACUGUUGGUUCUGCAAUAUGGUUUAUUUACAACUCUGGUGAAACAGUGGCAUUUUCUAAAUUACAGUAGGUUAUAGACUUCAGUAGGAAAGUGAAUUUUUUUUCCUAGUAAAGGAAAACUAUAUAGAGUAUGUUGUAUUUUCCAAUUUAUUGGAAGUAAUAUUCAAGUAAUUACUUGGCCAGGUAUCUUCAGUUUGUUUCACUUAAUUUAGCUAUUUGGAAAUGCUGGUUUGAAAAGGCUAACAAUUUCAUUAUUGUGUGUGCCUUCAUUUACACUUCGAAAGACUCGUUCUAAUGUUACAGUCCUGUGAGCACUUGCAGAUAUGCUUGACUUUGCUGUACAGAAGCCUGUUAAAAUCAACACAAGUCUUGGCAAAAUGGGAGCUGAAAUUCAUACCAAUGCCAUUUUUGUCCCUGCCUUGCAUUAAUCGUGUCCACUACAACAUGAUUUUUCCUUAGAACAAUUAUGACUAGCAGAGCUAGUUCCAUUAAAGCUUAAUGCAUACAGAAAUGAAAUUUCCUGUCAUUAAUUCUUAUUUUGUAAAAUUCUAGUUUAUUUAUUUAAAAAUAGAUUUGUUUUGUGGAAACAGGCAUUAUAGUUGAAAUUCACAGCUAACACAGCUUCUUAGUAUAUUUCAGUUCUAAUAUUAAAGUUAUUUUCCUGCAGGCAUGCAGUACUCUAAAUAAAAACACAUCUAACAAAUUGAUGGUGUUUUAGAAGAAGCUAUUGUCUCUCUAGGUGUGAGCAUGCGUGCCAAAGUGGCUUCCAGUAAGAAUCAGUACAUGCUUUCAUUGAUUACAUACUGGUACUUAAGACACCACAGGCUACUCACUAUUAGAAUAACUGUAGACUCUCUGUCAGGAAUGACUGACCUUUAUGAUAAUCACUCAGAUUUAUUUCACUGCAUUUUACUGAUGUGUGUAGGGAGCUAAUUAAAACUGAUAUAAUGCUUUGUUGUUAGGGGUAGAAUUCAGCUGUUUCCUGUGUCACUAGUAGUUGAAGUCAGUCCAGCAAUGUUUUUUUGAAACGGGCCAUUAAAAUUGUCACUGCUACAUGCUAUUUGUUAGGAAAGGAAGACAUGACCCCUUGUAUCAUCCAGUCUGUUGAUUCAGUCUGUCACCUUGCAUUAUAAACAGAGAUUUUUGUAUUCCUGUAGAAUUCGGUCUUUUGAAAUUAGAGCCAUUUUGAUAAUGUAGCAAUUAGAAAAACAGAAAAAGUAAAGCUAAUAAUCCUAAACAGCCACUGGAAAUAUAUUUUGUUUUCUGAAUUCAGAAGCUAUGAAAUGAAGAGCUGAGACUGUCUAGAAAUGUAGAAAAAUUCAAAGUUAUUCCUGCAGUAAGUAUUUCAGCAAUUCAAGUGAUAAGAAUAUUUGCCUCAUGAAAAUGCAUAGACAUGCAAUAUAUUGCUAGAGAUGAGGAUUUAGGAUCUGCGGCAUUCAACUUCUGAAAGUGUUUAAGAUUGCUGUAUUGAAUAAGGGGUGUAGGAUACUCCUAAUGAUAGGAAGAAUGUGACGCAUCAUAAAGAAAAACUUACUCCUGCAUCAUUAUUGCUGUGUUAGUUGGUAAUGCUUUCUAGAUUUCAGUGACUGUCAUUGUAUUGUGAGAAGCCAUUUUUCAUAAAGAAUUUCAGCAUACAACAUUUUAGAUAAUGUUUGAUGUCAAGGAUUUCAGUGAUGAAGACAAUUUUUCUAGAAAAUGGCAAGUGUAUGAUCAUUAACCACUAUGAUAAGUUGUCAAGCAAGCCUGAUUGCUGGCUUUUCAAAAAAAAAAAAAAAAAAAAAAAAGUGUGCAAUUUUGUGGUCCUAAGCAUUUGCAGUUGCAUAGCUCGCAAUGUUGACAGUUUUAAUGAAAAUGAAAUGUGUCAACAUGUAAACUUAUUAUUUUCCCAGCUCAGAGGAAGACUUCUCUGGGCCCCAUGAAAAGUUGGAACUGAACAGGUCAGAUAUAUUUUAUUCAUUUCAGCUUUGCUGGAAAAACAUGCUUGCAAAAAUAAUGUUCAUAUGACUCAUGUGUGAAAGAUGUGUUAUUGACCAGUAUUUCAAAGGGAAGUGUAAAAUUAUAUGAUUAAAAGUGCAAGUAUGUAGGCUGUUGAGAUAAAGGCCAGCACAUGUCCUGAUGGAGGCACUAUUUGUACUUUAAACAAAAGAAGAGAGAGACCAUGUAAAAGUAGCCCUUCACCAGAAGACAAGAAGAAUGUAAAAGAAAAGAAGUGGAAAAAGCAAGAAGAGUAAAAGCUAAAGAAAAACUUUUUCCAAAAUAUUUUAUUUUCUUGAAGUAAAUCAAUGCUGUAGACAAGUUUAGCAAAGCUUUAAUGAGAGAAAUAAAGAAUGCCUUUUUUUUUCCUUUGUUGAUGUGUAA